ACAUGGAAUACAACCGUACCCACACCGGUACCCCGGGUAACACUGUAAACACAUCCCACAAAGCAUUGCAUGUAAACAAACACAUGUGUACUUUCGGUUUUAAAGCAGUUCAAAAGAGGAUCGCCUGGCAGCAGUUCAUACAUCAAGAUGGAUCUUUUUAGGGAUAAAUACUUAGUUACCAAGGAAUACUUUGAGAAAAAACCAGUCACGCCGGAAGAAGAGACUCUCACCCAGCAGCUGAACCUCACUCCACUUGACAAAAAGGAGGAGGAGAAUGAAGAAGAGAAAGAAGUUCCGGGUCGCGUGCUGGGCCAGGAGGCGUUACAGGGCAAAAUUGUGGGAAUAUACUUUUCCGCCAGUUGGUGUCCACCUUGUCAGCAGUUUAUACCACUGUUGUGUAAUAUGUACGACGAACUCUUGAACAGAAAAGCAAACUUUGAAGUUGUUUUUCUAAGUUUUGAUAAAACGGCAGAAGACAUGGAGUCAUAUUUCCGACAGAAACAUAGAGAUUGGUACGCCCUUCCCUUCGAUGAUCCAUUCAAGGAUGAAUUGAAAGCCAAGUAUAAUGUGACAGCGGUACCUAAAUUCAUCAUCAUUAACAAAGAUGGAGAAGUGAUUUCAUUAAAAGGCCGAAAGGAAGUUCAAGAUAAGGGGGUGAUAGCUUUCCGAAACUGGGCUCAAGCCUCCAGUAUAUACGAGGCUAAACAGUCCCAGAAUCAGACAGUGGCUGAAAACAAUAACACGGAAGGAAGCAAGGAGAAGGAUGAGGACGAAAACGAGGCUGCGACGUGAUUUUCUGAUCAGAAACAGAUGUGUUUAUGUUUCUUUCGAGACACAUGUAUUCUUGUUUGUGAAAUGUUAUUCGUGUGUUUAGUUUCGGUUCCUCCUGAGACAAUAGCCAAAUUUCACGCUAGACAUCAAACAUGGAGGGUAAUAGAUUCACUCCAAGCAAAAUGCCAUUUUUAUAACCGGUAGUAAAAGUUGUGUUCCAUUUUAGGUUGU